AUGGCAGCAACAAAACGUAUGAACAAAGAGCUUGUAACAAAAUACAGCGAUCUCCAGCUUAAAAGUUCUGAUUUAAUUGAAAUACUUAGAGCACAAUGUCUUUCAAGAGGUGCCGCUGGUAUAAAAGGUCUUGCCAAAGUUUUUCAAAUAAUGGACGAUAACGGAAAUAAACGUUUAGAUUUCAAUGAAUUUAAGAAAGGUUUGCAUGAUUAUGGUGUGGACAUUGCUAAUGCCGAUUGUUCUAAAUUGUUUGAAAUGUUCGACAAAGAUCGUAAUGGUAGUAUUGAUUUUGAAGAAUUUCUUCAACUGUUGCGACCUCCUAUGUCCAUGAGCCGACGCAAAACGGUCAUGGAGGCGUUUAGAAAGUUGGAUAAAAAUGGAAAAGGUUUCGUCAUAGUUGAAGAUUUGAAAAAUUUAUAUUCAGUUAAAAAACACCCAAAAUUUAUAAGUGGAGAAUGGAACGAAGAAAGAUGUUUAAAAGAAUUUCUUGAAAGUUUUGAAUUGAACGGACAUGAUGAAAAAGUGACAGAAGAAGAGUUUAUUAGUUACUAUUCCGGAGUUAGUGCUUCGAUUGAUAAUGACGCUUAUUUUGAUUUGAUGAUGAGAAAAGCUUGGAAGCUCUAA